AAGAGCUGACAACUUUAAAGAUGAUGGCACUGUGUCUGGUAUUUCCACUGCUCGUAGAGAUGGUUCAUGGAGUAACUCGGACUCAAUCCUCAUCCAUCAGUCAGAAGAAUGGUCUCAUGUCAGCCAACGUUGGAGACACAGUGGUUUUGGUCUGCUUCAACGAAGGCGAUGUGGGAGUAAUGUUCUCCUGGUACAAGCAAACUUUUGAAAAUAUUCCUCAGCUCAUCUCAACCCUCUAUAAGUUGGACAAUAAUGCAGAAUUUUACCAGGAGUUUAAGAAUAACACUCGCUUCUCAGUGGAAGGUGGCCAAGGGAAAAAUAACCUAAUGAUAGCAGAUGUGGAACUCUCUGAUUCAGGCACAUACUACUGUGGAAGUUCUUAUGGAAACAAUUUGGAAUUUGGAAAAGGAGUCAUUCUCAUCAUAAAAGGAUCAGAUUCCAGAAAUAUGACUAUACUUCAGCAGCCUGUGUCUGAGUCAGUCCAGCCAGGAGACUCUGUGACUCUGAACUGUACAAUACACACUGAGACCUGUGCAGGAGAACACAGUGUCUAUUGGUUCAGACAUGGUUCAGGAGAAUCCCAUCCAGGAAUCCUUUACACCAAUGGAGACAGGAGUGAUCAGUGUGAGAAGAGCCUUGAGGCUGGGUCUCCUACACAGAGCUGUGUCUACAACCUCCCCAAGAGGAACCUCAGCCUCUCUGAUGCUGGGAUUUACUACUGUGCUAUGGCGUCAUGUGGGGAGAUACUGUUUGGGAACGGGACCAAGCUGGAUGUUGUCCAUGGUUGUAAGGAGGACCAUGUUCUCUUGGUGUACUGUCUGGGUGUAGCGUUGGGUCUGUGUGUCAUCCUCGUCAUUGUCCUUGGUUGGGUUAUGUAUAAGAUCAGCAGGAGAGAAUGUGAACAGUGCAGAGGUACGCCCCCUCAGCCAAGUACUCCGGAGGUCCCCAGUCAUAACCAGGAUCAAGAUGUUGACACACUCCAUUAUGCCGCUCUGAAUGUCGUCCACAAGAAAGUAAACACCGGGAGACAGAGGAGCGCCAUGGAGAGAGACACUUUGUACUCUGGGGUGAGAAGCCAUAACAUGGACUGAAAAAUAGACUUUUUAUUUUUAAUAACUUGCAUUGAUGUUAUGUGUUUCCCACUGUAUAUAGCUUUAUAUAUCAGUGAAGUUUUAAUUUUCAUUUCAUUGUCUUACAAGAAAACAUGGACUGAAACGUCAGCUUUGCCUAUUUAUUCACUUAAAUUGCUUUAAUGUGUUUCCCACUGUAUAUAGCUUUAUAUAUUAGUGAAGUGUCUUACAAUGCCUUGUAUUCUGUCAAAUUCCUUUUUACAUUGGUAAUGUUGUGCAGAUUAAAUAAAAUAUUAAACUGCUGUCAUACAGA